AUGCGGCAUGUCGGGUCUGUUUUGUGGCCGAAGUUGCGAGUCUUGCAGGUGUACGGCGCAAACACAGGUGUCGGCAAAACGAUAUUCUCGUCGGUGUUGAUUCGUGCCUUCAAGAAGCGGCUCCAAAACGUCAACUAUCUCAAACCUGUCUCCACCGGGCCAUUGGACGAAGCAGAUGAUCAUCACAUUGCAAGACUUGGCUCAAACGUCAGCUCGAGAUGUCUCUUCCAAUUUGACGAUCCAGUGAGCCCUCACUUGGCCGUCCGGUCGGCCGGCAAACCCAUCAGCGAUGCAGCAGUCCUCGAAGCUGUCUACGGCGAACUCAAUGGAUAUGCGGAUGGCAAGGACCGAAUCGCAAUAGUAGAGACUGCUGGGGGCGUAUUGUCUCCGGCACCCUCAGGAAGCUCGCAAGCAGACCUAUAUCGACCGCUCAGACUGCCGACCAUUCUCAUCGGAGACCACAAUCUCGGAGGCAUCGGAACCACGAUCUCCGCCUGGGAAUCGUUACACAUCCGAGGAUACGACGUGACAUCCGUGGCUCUUUUCUCGGGAGACCGGUACGAGAAUCAUGUGUACCUCAAAGACUACUUCAAGGAGCGUGGCGUUGCCUCGUUCUCAAUACCGCCGCCACCAGAGCGACACGCUGACGCCGAGGAGGACCUCAAAGCGAUGCAGUAUUACUACGACAAGUCAAGCGGGGACGCUGGCGUAGCAGACUUCACGAGAGACUUCAUCGAAGCGCACGAUAAACGCAUCGCAUAUCUGCGGUCAAUGCCUGAACAGGCAGACAAAGUGAUCUGGCACCCUUUCCUCCAGCACACCGAGAGGUCCAAGUAUACGAUCACAGCCUGGGACUCUGCCUACGGCGACCACUUCCAGAGUUAUACAAUCAAGUCUGAUCAGGCCAAGCUCGACUCCGCAGAACAGGAGCAAUCAUUGUUGAAGCCUGCCUUCGAUGGAUCGGCAUCGUGGUGGACGCAAGGCCUCGGACACGGAAACCCGAAGCUCGCACUUACGGCCGCCAAUGCCGCUGGGAGGUACGGUCAUGUAAUGUUCGGCGGUGCGGUUCACCAGCCCGCACUGGAACUAGCGAAGACAGUCGUGAAGGAGUCUAGCAACCCAAGGUUGAGCAAGGUCUUCUACUCCGACAACGGCAGCACUGGGAUGGAAGUGGCUGUCAAGAUGGCGCUGCGAGCAAUGAUGGUCCGACACAAGCCGCGCGAGCCACGGAAGACUGAACUCUCCAUUCUCGGACUCAAGAACAGUUAUCAUGGUGACACCAUCGGCACUAUGGACUGCUCGGAGCCGAGCAUCUUCAACGAGAAGGUGGAGUGGUACCGAGGCCGUGGACUUUGGCUGGACUUCCCGACUGUGAAGAUGCGCAAAGGCCAGUGGAUCGUCGAGCCAUUCGACUCGAGCCGAGAGACCCGUCAAUUCGACUCGCUGAACGAUGUGUUUGAUUUCAGCAAUCGGGAGGCCGACUGCAAGCAAUACAAGAAGUACAUCCUCGACACGAUCAGUGAGACUGUGAAGAAGGAAAGACUUAAUCUAGGAGCUCUGAUAAUCGAGCCCAUACUGCUCGGAGCUGGCGGUAUGAUGUUCGCCGAUCCGCUGUAUCAGAAGUGCCUGGUCGAAGUAGCACGAGAGCUCCAGUUCGCAAGACAGGACGGACCAAAAGCAGGAUCCCAUGGAGGCUCUUCAGGUUCACCUCUCGACUGGCAGGGCCUGCCAGUGAUAUUCGACGAGGUCUUCACGGGCCUGUAUCGCCUGGGACGAUUUAGCUCGGGCAGCUUCCUGGGCGUUGAGCCAGACAUCGUUGUCAACGCCAAACUGCUCACCGGUGGCCUUCUCCCGCUCUGCACGACAACCGCUAGUGAGUCCAUAUUCGAGGCCUUCUUGAGCGAGGACAAGACAGACGCGCUUUUGCAUGGUCAUAGCUACACAGCGCAUCCGAUGGGCUGCUCAGUUGCGAACGAAAGCUUGAGAACACUCAUGACACUGGACCGAGGUGGAUCUUGGACGGACUAUAAGAAGGACUGGAGUCCAACAACAUCUACUAACAGCCCGAACAACCAGCACGCAUGGAGCAUGUGGUCGUUAUCUUUCGUCUCGGCCAUUUCGCACAAGGAGCAAGUCGACAAUGUCUUUGCAAUCGGAUCCGUGCUUGCGAUCACCGUGAAAGAUCCAGCUGGCUCGGGAUAUGCCUCGACAGCGGCGACUGGAUUGCGGGAUCGAUUGCUGGCAGGGAAUGGCAACGAUGAGGCAGUCAUCCAUUCGAGAGUGCUCGGCAAUGUGCUGUAUCUGAUGUCAGCUCCGACCACACCGGCUGAGACGAUAGCCGAUAUCGAGAAGACGGUCACGGAGGCGUUGGAAUAA